AUGUCAACCUCCGUCGAGACACCCGCGGUCCCCGCGCCUAUCGCAAAGGCUGAGGGUAUGCGCAAGAAUGGCAAGAAUUGGCAUGACAAUAAGCGGGCUUUCCGCCCGACCGCCGGCCUGACAUCUUAUACCAAACGUCAAGAGCUCCGCAAGCACCAAGAUGCCGUUAAGGAACGCGAACGUGAGAUGAAGCAGGAAAAAGAGGCCGAACGCCAGGCCCACAUCCAACGCAUCAAGGACCGUCGUGCUGCAAAGGAGGAGAAGAUCCGGUACGCGAAGAUGGCAGAAAAGAUGCACCACAAGCGGGUCGAGCGCCUCAAGCGCCGCGAGAAGCGCAACAAGCUCCUCAACUCCUGA